AUGGCACCAGACAGAAGGGAUGCGUGCCGUGGGUGGGGGGCAGUGGGAACGUGUGCCACAGCCCAGGUUGCCUUCUGCAAGGCCACGGCUGGACACCGGCAGCUGGUGCUGCGGCUUGGGGGGAGCGGUGACAGCCCUCGGCUGCGUGAGGAGCGCCGCAGGAGGAGCACAGAGGCCCUUGAGCUCAGCACGGGGCUGCGGCAGGUGCUGCUAGCGGGGCUGCGGCAGACCCCAGCGAGCCCUCUGGAGCGGCAGGAGCUGGAGCGGCUGUGGGUGCUUUUCCUCUCCGCCCUGGAGCUCUUCCUGCAGGACUUGUACAGAGCCCAGCAUCUCUGCCAGCUCUUCUCCAUGCAAGGGGGUGAUGUUGCCCCACUGCGCACUGGGCUGGGGGACUGGGGGCUGCCCAGCCGGCGAGGAGGGGGUCCCACACAGCCCCCAACCACCCAGUGUUUGGAGGAGGAGAUCGAGCAGGUGAGGGCCACGCUGGCAGAGAUGGAGAGUGGAGCCAACAUUCCACCAUGGACAGUCGAAGCCACAGAGACUACUACACAGCCAGCAGAGACAAGCAGCACCACAGACAGAGUGGCCUGGGGAGGCCCCUUUGCUGGGCACUGCUGUGGGGUGCUGUGA